AUGGGUGUGCGAGGCGAUGUCCCACCUCAGCCACAGGAUGGACAAUCCAUUCACAAAUACAAGAAACUGUACAUUCUGACAUGGAUUUGUUUCAUUGUUACAUCGCUUCUCGUUUCGUCUGCUGCCAUUGUCGAUAUUGUUCAAACGGUGAGCUCUAUAAACCAGGACCAGAUGUCCAUCAACAUUAGGGGUGAGCUGUCUGCAGUGCAGGAAAAGUUCGACAACCUGGAGAAGAAAGUGUCUGAGGUGGAAGAUGACGCCACGACACCAAGUAAGCUUAAGCUCUGCUCCCACGGCAGCGGCUGUGAGCAGCUGACCAGUAGGCCUGAAGCAAUGACCCACUGUUACAAAGUGUCCGAUGAAAAAACUACGUGGGCAGACGCGAGGAAGAAAUGUGAGUCUCUCGGUGGCUUUCUGGCCGAGUUCCACAACCAUUUCACCCUGGAAUACGUGAAACGGGUUGUUACUUCUGAUACGUCACGGCUCUGGCUCGGUGCCACUGACCAGGGCAAAGAGGGCAUCUGGACGUGGGUCACGUCCAACAGACACCUGUCCGUGGAAGACUGGGACAUAAACCAGCCGAACAACCUCAUGUACAUUGAGCACUGCCUGGAGAUGGAUAAAAGACGUCGGAAAUCAUGGAACGACAUACGGUGUAAUAGUAAGCUGCGAUAUCUCUGUCAGAGAGACGGGGACAACUGUCAAGGCUGGCUGGAACAAGAGUAA